UGAGAUAGACACUAGAACGAUCACUCCAAUCUCCACCCCUACUUUGUCCUUUAUUCUUACAUUUCUUCUCGUCAUCAAUAUCAUCGUCAAGAGAUUCAACACAACACAUUUGCAAAACCCUAAUCGCUAAGAUGAGAAUCACACAUAACGUCAAGCUCUUACUCUUCUUCUUCUUCGUCUCCUUCUUCCUCAUCGUCGCAUCCGCCGCCGAAUCAAAAUGCGAGUGUUCACACGAAGAAGACGGAGAAAACAAAGCCGGAGCUACUAAAUACAAGAUCGCCGCCAUACCUUCCGUUCUUGUUGCCGGAGUAAUCGGCGUUCUGUUCCCGUUACUUGGAAAAUUCUUCCCGUCUCUGAGACCGGAGACGACUUUCUUCUUCGUGACGAAAGCCUUCGCCGCCGGCGUAAUCCUGGCGACGGGGUUUAUGCAUGUGUUACCGGAAGGUUACGAGAAGCUGACGUCACCGUGUCUGAAAGGAGAAGCUUGGGAGUUUCCGUUCACAGGGUUUAUCGCGAUGGUCGCAGCGAUUCUGACUCUCUCCGUUGAUUCUUUCGCGACGUCGUAUUUUCAUAGAUUACAUUUCAAGACGUCGAAGAAGAUUGGUGACGGUGAAGAACAAGGCGUUAACGGUGGCGGCGGCGGUGGAGACGAGCUCGGGUUGCACGUGCAUGCUCAUGGUCACACGCACGGGAUUGUUGGCGUGGAAUCUGGUGAAUCCGACGUUCAGCUUCACCGGACUCGAGUUGUGGCUCAGGUGUUGGAAGUGGGAAUAAUAGUACACUCAGUGGUAAUAGGAAUAUCACUGGGGGCAUCACAAAAUCCAGACACGGCCAAAGCUCUCUUUGCUGCUUUAAUGUUUCAUCAAUGUUUCGAAGGUCUUGGUCUUGGUGGCUGCAUCGCUCAGGGAAAAUUCAAUUGUAUGUCAAUUACAAUAAUGGCGUUAUUUUUCUCUGUAACGACCCCCGUGGGAAUAGCGGUGGGAAUGGCAAUAUCAAACUCUUAUAACGAGUCGAGCCAAACGGCUCUGAUCGUCCAGGGAGUGCUCAACGCAGCGUCGGCAGGCAUCCUCAUCUAUAUGUCUCUCGUAGACUUUCUCGCAGCAGAUUUUAUGCACCCAAAGAUGCAAUCUAACACUGGACUUCAAAUUAUGGCCCAUAUCUCUCUUCUUGUUGGGGCCGGAAUUAUGUCACUUUUAGCUAAAUGGGCUUAGAUUCGCCUCCCAUUAUACAUACAUAGCCCGUUUGUUUAUGCAAAACGAUGAUGAUGAUGAUAUGUGGUCACAAGAGUUAAAAUGUACACUUCUAGUUUAUAGUCUUUGUUCAUACAUUGUAAGAAAUAGUUGAAACGAAAUUUUAAGAGUGUAAUAAUUAACAAAAUGUAUGGUAAACUAUAUACAGUACGUACUUAGUUCGAUUUUC